AUGGAGAAGGAAACGGAUCGAAGUGGAAUAUUUGAGCCUAAGCUGGACUAUGCACCCAACGAAAUGUUUCCGUGUUUCGCUGAUGUUCUGAAAAUCGAAAACAACCACCAACACGGUCGGCACGUUGUGGCGAAGGAAGAUAUUGACGUGGGCAAAACGGUGAUGGUCGAUCAAAGCUACUUUGCGGAAACAUUCAAUCUGAAGUAUCGACGAUGCGGAAUUUUUUUUCGUGAGGUCGAGAAUCUCAAGCCAUGUAAUAAGUGUACGUUCACGAUGUUCUGUCCACGAUGCGAAGGAAACAGCUUCCAUGACAUUGAAUGUGAUGUCAAUCCAACCUAUUUUGGUUGUCUGUCAUUUGCAAGUUUUCGAAUGGUGAUCAUUCGAUCGAUUCUACUGGCAAUGAAUGCAUUCGAUGAUAUUGAUCAAUUGAUUGCUGCUGUUGAGGAAAUCUUGUCCAGCGAUGCAGUCGAAGCACCCGAGUCGUUGUCUGAUCCACAAUCAAAGUAUCGUGCAUUCUUCAAACUACAACCCAAUUCAAAGGAAAACGUCGACGAAAAACUCCCACAGAAGAUUUAUCUGAUUUAUCGCUUGCUAAUAGGUCAGUCGAAGGUGUCAAAGAUUUUCCAUUCGGAAGCAAGCAAACGGUUUUUGAUGCAUUUAUUUGGCCACCACGUCAUCGUUAUAAAAAAUUGGAUUCGCAGUGAUCGUUAUAAAACUGGACGCAAAGGUCUAUUCAACGAAGAUAUUGAAGUGUAUUAUGAGCAUCGCAUCAGCAUUACCGCAUCAUACUUCAAUCACAGUUGUUCACCCAACGCUUACAUCACUGCACAAAACGGCCUCAACAUAGCAGUCGUUUUGCGCCCUGUUCGAAAAAAUGAGCAAUUGUGCGUGACAUAUGAUGAACAAAUUUUGAUGAAACCAAAGACAGAGCGUCAGCGUGACCUACAAUCAAAAUUCAAAUUCCAGUGCAAAUGUGACCGAUGUAAGCAGCCGCAGCUAGAAUCAUCCACUCUCAACUCAAAUCUUCGUAUCAAAUUGGAUCCAAUUUUCCAGUCAAUUUUUGAAUCUCGCUCCGUACAUGACUACCAGACUUUUUUGUCAUUGAAAGCAAAUGCAUUCGGUUUGUUGAAGAAGUAUAAGAAAGUGGCCUGGUCUGCAGAAGUAUAUCGCAUCAUCUAUAGUCUAUACACACUGGCAUUGAUGGAAACAGAAACUGCAACCGCUGGCAGUAUGCCGUUCACUGGCCACAUUUUUAACAUAACUUUCGACUGA